AUGCCAGAAAUGACAAUAACCGACAUUACUGCAGAUAGACAAAGAUUAAUAUACUCUGGUAAAGUGUUAAAAGAUGAUGAUACACUUGAAACCUGUAAAAUUGCUGAGGGACACACAGUUCACAUGGUGAGAAGUUUAGCUCGUGAUACUACCAAUAACCAAUCAACACAUGAUCAAAAUAAUAUACCUCCAUUUGGUGCAACACUAGGUGGGGGGAAUUUUGGUACUAAUACUAAUAAUUCAUUUAGUGGUGGUGGUAAUAAUAGUAUACCAAACUGGAAUCAGACGGAAAAUAUUCUUAAUAACUCUGCUUUAAUGCAGUACAUUGUACAAUUAAUGCAAGAUCCUCAAUUCACAGAUAAUGUAAUUGCUAUGAAUCCACAACUUGCAAGCAUGGCACCUCAACUUAGGCAGGUAACACAAGAUCCUGAAUUUCAUUCUUUAUUAUCAAAUCCAGAAUCAAUUCGUCGUACAGCAACUUUAAGUUCAUUAAUGGGUAACCCUGGAAGUUAUGGUCCAAGUAUGCUUCCUACAAAUCCUUCCACAAUGAAUCCUACAACUGACACAACAAAUACACCAUCGACCAAUAAUAAUGAUAAUAACGUUCCACCACAAACAACUAUCCCACAACAACCCGAAGAAAGAUUUCAAGUUCAAUUACAACAAUUGAACGAUAUGGGUUUUUGGGAUGCACAGAAAAAUAUUCGCGCAUUAUUAGCUUCUGGUGGAAAUAAAUUUAUGACAUUAAAAUAUAUAAGAGUAUUAAAGUAUAGUGUUAAUACAUGGCAUUCUGGUUUUAUGGAUAAAUUAUAUGCUGGAACUAAUCCGGUUGGAAUCAUAUCAGAAAUGUUAAUGGCUUUCCUGAAUGGAAAUUCUCAUGUUUAUCAUGAUUCACCUGUGUUCACAUUGAUUGAAUAUUCUGUUUCUGAACAUCUUGCUAAAUUGUUAGAUAUGGGCGAGAAUUCUGGUGGUAUAACAUGUGCAGGGGGGGCAUUUUCUAAUCAAUUGGCAAUGAUAACAGCAAGAAAUAGUUUAUAUCCCGAGUUUAAAACAAAAGGAUACUUUGGAUUUAAUAAGAAGUUAAUGAUUUUCACGUCUAAUCAAGGUCACUAUUCAAUUGAGAAGACAGCAAUGACAUUGGGGUUGGGUACUGAAAGUGUGAUUAAAGUACCAUGUGAUGAUCAAGGAAGAAUGAAAGUUUAUGAAUUAGAGCUUUUAAUCCAACAAUCCUUUGCACGUGACGAAACUCCAUUCUUCGUAAAUGCAACAACCGGUACCACAGUACUUGGAUCAUUUGAUCCAUUAAGAGAGAUAGGGAAAAUUGCUAAAAGGUAUAAUUUAUGGUUUCAUGUUGAUGGAUCAUGGGGAGCAAGCCUAAUAUUUUCAGAAAAAUAUAAAAAAUUGAUAGAUGGAACUAGUUUGGCUGAUACAUUAGUAAUCAAUCCUCAUAAAAUGCUUGGAAUACCGUUACAAUGUUCGUUUUUACUCGCAAAAGAUAAAUCAAUAUUUUCAAAGAACAAUUCACUGGAAGCAAAAUAUUUAUUUCAUGGCAAUAAAUAUGAUUUAAGUGAUGGUACAGUUGGUUGUGGUAGAAGACCUGAUGCUGUCAAGUUGUUUAUUGGAUGGAAAAUAUUUGGUAUAAAAGGUUAUGGUAGUCGUAUCGACCAUGCUUUUCAGAUGACAAAUUACUUCGUCGCGUUGAUAAAAAAAAACAAUUCAAAAUUUAAAUUGGUAUUGGACGAACCGCCAAGUUUACAAACUUGUUUUUGGUAUAUACCUAGCAAAGAAAUAUUGGAAUUAGAAAAAUUAAAUCAUCAGUUGUAUAAAGAUAAAUUAUCAAAGAUCACAAAAGAAAUACAUAAAAAAAUUUAUGAAAAUGGAAAAUACAUGAUUGAUUAUGCACCAACAAUUCUAAAGGGUGUUGAAUUACCUUUUUUUUUUAGAGUUGUAGUGAAUUCACCUUCAGUAUGUGAGAAAGAUUUGGAAAAUUUGUUAAAGGAAAUUGAAAGUAUUGGUAAAGAUGUUACUAUGAAACUAUUUGAAAAUAUUAACAAGUCAACCGAUCGAAAAAUUAAUGAUAGAUAA